CAACAUCAAUGCAAAUGGUGCUUGCAUAUGGCUCAUGUCAGCAUUGCCGCGAUCGGCUUUCAGUAGACACUCUCAACCUCAGUUGCUUAUCGCCGCGUCGGCCUCAGAGUCUGAUACUGCUGAGCCCAUAUCUCCGAACGUCUCAGCCCUCAAAGUGCCCUACCUGAGACGUCAUGUCCUGCGGCGCAGCGUGCGAGCAUGUCCGCUUAUCAGCGCUUGAAAUUUUCCUCUCGGCUUCGUUGUGCUCUUGCCAAGCUUGUCAAGCGAUCUAUCCGGCAGACAGUCUAUUUGCUCGUCUCAGCAGUCUUCUCUUGUGCAGCGAGCGUUACAUCAGCAUGCGUACAGUGUCGAUCCUGUUCAUUAUUCUUGCGAGCUCCCUCAGCAAAGCUGUGCCAACAUCGAUCUCUCCACACUUGACAGAGCGGGCGCCGGCCCUUCUGCUUCCGUACGGAUGGUACUACCUCAACCUCAAGCUCCUCGAUGCUAGUUGUCCUGAUCCAACUGGAAACAAAGAGGUAGAGUUUGCGAUGCAGUGGACACUCGAUGCUGGCUUUGGCACGGACCACGAACUCAUCAUACAAACAAACCAACAGUUAGGUCUAGAAGAUGAGACUUGGCCAACGGUAAUUGAGCCCGCAACCGGUCUGCCCUUUGCACUCAUGCGCGUCCGCCGUGCCAAACGAGCUCGCGUGUUCAAGAACUCAAGAGCUCCGUUCUAUCGUUGCUGUCGCUUUACCUGGAUCCAAGACAUCUUCUUGUGGGAAACAAUUGAUCUUCACGUGCUCGGCGACACAAAAGUUUUGAUGACUUGCACAGACGACGACGUGCCGGAUGAUUGCAAGCAGAUCUUCGAUCCUGAUCCUUUUGAUUGCAAGGGCAGACCUCACAUUGCAAAGGUGGAGCACAUCAUUUGAGAGUCGAAUGCAUGUCGGCUUUGGUGAUCACAAGCUGUUACACGCUGCGGAGACCAAUCUCACGCGCCCUCCCGUCUUACAAACGACUCCUCAUCGCGAUAAGCCUUACCAUCGCUGUCGUCGCUCUCUCGCAAGCUUUCCCGAAGACAGACAAACAAUCACGUCUCGCCUCUGUCUUCGAAAAUACUUCAACGCAAAACAAGCAUACGAACGAGCAUGCUCGCCUUACUCUAUGUGCUCGUGCCAAUCUCUU